AUGGAGCGGGACAGAUCAGAACGGCCCGCAGUACCCGGCCGACGGCGUCGGGCUGCUGCCCGAGGCCGCAUCACAACCGCCUGCGCUCGUUGCCAGAAACGGAAGAUUCGGUGUGACGGAGUGGCCCCUGUCUGCGGGGGUUGCCAACGAGCCCGUGUGGAUUGCAUUGAAGGGACAUCUUUCCGUGAUAUUUCCCGAAGUUACGUGGAUGAACUAGAGGUGCGAAUCGAGUGGCUAGAGUCGCUUAUCCAGGAGCACCUGCCACACAUUGACCUCAAUAGUCCUGAUAGUGCUCACUUGAGUCGUCCUGGGGCGUCAACCGAGGCGACCGCUCCGGAGGCUACUCAGACCGAACAGGCUAGGGAUGGGUGGCAUCACGCCCGUGAUAUUAGCAAUCAACUGGGCGUGGUAUCUGUCAAUGCAGGGGCGGAUCUUCGUUACUUGGGCCCUUCUAGUGGGUUGUUUUUUACCAGGUUUGUGCUGACGGGCCUGGGACGGAGGGCUGAGCUGGCACGAGAAUCGCUUCCUCGUUCAAAAGAUAGCAACUUUGUCCCUGCGGAGCUUCUCGAUGUCCGGCCGAGAGAAUUGCCGUCUGAUAUAAAACAGGCGCAAUGGUUGACACAGGCAUAUUUUGAGGCAGUCCAUCUGCAAUUUCCGUUUCUUCACAGACCAACUCACCUGGAAGUUCUGCAACAUGUUUACAAUGGUAAUGAUGUCGCGCCGGCGGAUCAAUUUCAGAUUUACAUGGUCCUGGCUAUUGGGGCCACUAUUCGAUCACGCCAGGCGAAAGUGCUACUUCCAGCCGAAGGGUAUUGCGCCUCUGCGAUGGUCCAUCUGGAUACUAUUUUUCACAAAGCCUCCCAGCGUAGUGUACAAUGCAUGCUACUUUUACAGAUGUAUACGAUCAACAACCCGUCAUCAGGGAUCAGCCUUUGGAGCCUUCAUUACAACUGCCUGGCCCAUGUGAUGGAGCUGGGAUUGCAUCGCAAUAUCCAAGGCCCUACACUCACCUGGUUCGAUCAGGAAAUGCGUACCCGGGUCUUCUGGUGCGUCUAUACGAUUGAUCGUUGCUUGAGCACAUUGCUAGGAAGAGCAAUAGGCAUAAUGGACGAGCAAUGCGAUUUAAGAUUACCGCGAGAUAUCAACGAUGAGGACUUGAAGCCCAACCAACCGAUACCGGCUCAACUCCCAGCAGCCAUAACCAACAUGACUAGUGCAAUUCACCUCUUCAAGCUUGCCAGGUUUAAAGCCGAGAUCAAAUGUGUCCUGUAUUGUGUUGACCGGAACUAUCCUCCUUAUACGCAGCCCGCCAUUACGGAUGUCAAGCGAUGGCAAGAAGACAUGCUCCACCGUUUGGGUCAGUGGAAAUCGGCAAUCCCGCGCCAUCCUCCAGAAAGCCCAGCAUGCUAUCUGAAUGACUUGCUCGACAUAAAGUACUAUGAGCUUGUCAUGUUGGUUGUACGCCCUAGCCCUCUUUUCCAGCGCCCUUCCAAAACCCUGAUUCGGCAGUGCUUCCACUGCGCCCUGAAAUGCAGCCAGCUCUAUAAUAAGCUGUAUGUCACCAGCAUGUUGCACUAUAACUGGGUCAACGUGCAGUCGUUGUUUCUCUGCGUCGUGACAAUCUUCUAUUGUGUGUGGGCCCCCGACGGGGUAGGCGAGGAGGCCGACCUUGAUACCGUUCUGCAUGCGCUAAAGUCUGCUUCUGACGUCCUCAGCGCUACAGGGGAAUACUGGCUUGAAGCCAAAAGAAGCCGGGACGUGCUGGAUUGCAUCACGAGGGCAACGGUGCGGUGGUUCUCGCAGAGACUGAGGCAAUUAUCAUGUUCAAUAGGCAGCCGCAGUGAUCAAGGGUCGACCGGGUUUUCUAACUUGGAAAUUGGACCAUUUACGUCUGAUAUUUCCAACGCCCAACAGUCACUCGAUCCGUACUACGUGCCACCGGGACAGCCAGCUGCAACGUCAGAGCUUCUGUCAUUCUUUGCGGGCUCUCAGCCGGAAUUGGACAUGGAUUGGUUGAAUUUCUCCUGGGACACAUCUGGGGGGAUGGAAGAGAUGAUGCAGGAUUUGAUUUCCAGAGAGCGCAAUAAUGACAUAAUGUUAGGAUCUUAA